UCGAUAAAAGAACAUCUUUAUUUGAUGUAAAUUCAAUUGCCUCUAAAGUUUUAUUUCAAGUGCUGUGUUUCCGAUGACUGAAAUGGCUGUACUCUUUUGGUUGCCUUUAUUUGUCUGUAUUUACUGUACAUAUGGACUGCAUCUCAAAGAGAGAAUCAACGAUGAAAUUAAAUGUCAUAGUGAAGAUGAUCCUCGAUUUCAGCUGAUGAUCGUCCACCCGUUUGAUUGUUCCAAGUAUUUUCUAUGCAGGGAUGGUGUUGCUCUACUAGAGGUUUGUCCAAUGGGCUUGCAUUUUAACGACGCUCUCCAAUUAUGUGAUUAUCCCGAAAAAGUUAACUGUGAUCGUGAUCAAGGAAUCGUUGAAUGCUCAGCUGAAGAUGGGACACACCAUCUGCCUCAUCCAUCAAAUUGUGAGAAAUUUUAUAGCUGUCAUAAUGGGAUUCCACAUCUUAAAAACUGUCUCCUCGGAUUACAUUUCAACGCAAGGCUGCAAGUCUGUGAUUAUCCCUAUAGAGCAGGAUGUGGCAAAAUUCGGUUAUCAGAAUCGCGAGAUGAAGUGAUUGCAAACGAACUCAUUGGGUGCUUAACAGGCAGAGAUGGCAAGUUUUUCAUUCCAAAUCCACAUCACUGCUCAGAGUACACUGUCUGUGACAACGGACGACACAUCACAUUUCAUAACAAAAAGUGCUCUUCUGGAUUGCAUUUCAAUGUAUUCAACAGAACCUGUGAUCUUCCUCACAGAGCUAAAUGUACUGCUGAAAGUGAAGAACAGUCUACCAAUAAGCAAGACGGGCCAGAUGUUCCGAGUCCAUACUGUCCAACCGUAGAUGGGAAGGAACAAAUAUUCUUUCAUCAUCCGUCCAACUGCUCCGAAUACUACAUGUGUGCUCACGGACGCGCCUUCAAAUUCGCCUGCCCAGCGAGACUUCAUUUUAAUCUUAAAGGGAAAUGUUGUGAUUAUGAAUGGCUAGCUCAAUGCCCAACUGGUAACGGAGAAAAGAAGCAAAGAUAUUUGUAAAGAGCAUCGAAAUGCUACCGGAGUGGAUAUCAAUUUCGAUUAUUUCUUAAAUUUAAUGAGUUGUAAAUAAAUAUUCAAAAAUAUAACUAUUUUCAUCCUUUUAA